CUUACGGAGUAAUAAUUGUUUUCCCUCCGAAGCUGAAUCCUCUUCACCGGCAAAUCCGCCGUUGUCUCCGUCGCACAUCCGAAGAGCAGAUGAUCUGCAUUGUCUUUCGCGCACUUUUAAGAUCUCUUCACUUUCUCCUUUUAUUAUGGUGGGUUUACCGGAAUGUUUCUCCGAUUCGAAUGGGCGACUCUACUCCGACAAUGACCAGCGAGUUCACUUCGUCUCCGUCGGGUCUCCUCUUCGGGAGGUGGAAGGAUGCCCAAGAUUGGACAUCAAGUGAAUGAGGGAUUUUGUAUACUGCAAUGCAAGGGACGUCCUAUGCCAGUCCAAUGAAGUUAAUCAACAAUAUCUUCAACUCGGAUCUUGCUUUCAAUCUGAGGAGGGAUGAGGAUUCUUUGCAGAAUGGGCAAAAUGGUGAAGUGAGUGUCUCUGCUCGGGAUUAUGCAUUGAUCACUGGACAAAUGUGGUUGUAGGCGCUUAAAUGGUAUACUGAUGCUAAAGUUGCACCAAAGAGUGGAAAAAGCUUUUCAGCUGCUGAGGAUGACAUGGCAGGUGUCUACCCCUUUUAGCUUAGGUUCUCUGUUGUAAGGGAAAUGAAUUCACUGGCAGUAAUAAUUAUCAAAAAGGUUGGUAAAUACAGAAUCCCUCCUAUUUUGCUCUUUCCAGUUAGGGACUAAGUUGGCUAUGGGUUUUUUUUUCCUCUAAUGUCCAACUAGCCAAUGUAAGCAUCUGCCAGCUUUCCUGUUUCAUCUGUUUUAUUCUCAUGGUGCAUGCCUAACUGGUUCUGCGGCUGAUUGCUUAUGUUUCUACAUCUUUUUAUCAUUACCCAUCUGGCCUCUUUAGUUUCUCUUUCAUUUCAUUUAUCCACAAAAUGGUGUCAUAUUCUUUUUUAGGAUAAUGCAAUUAAGCUCUCCAGAAGAGCUUGCAAAAUCUUCAGUGUGGAAUCUGAGCAGUUGCACAUCUGGGACUUUUCUGGGCAGACAACCUUAUCUUUUAUGCAUGACAGAAAUAAUUUACUAGAAGAUUGUCGGCAUCAAUCGGGUCAGGAGGUGCUUCAGCUUUGAUGAAUGGUGGUUCUGGCAGUGCAAACUCCAAUCUAUACCAAAUUAAUUCUUUAGUGACCCGUGUAAGAUCAGGAGAAGCAGGUUCCUUGGGAUUAAUAGGAUUACAAAAUCUCGGAAAUACAUGUUUCGUGAACAGUUCCAUUCAAUGCUUGGCACAGACACCAAAGAUCAUUGACUAUCUUCUUGGAGAUUAUGGUAGAGAAACAAAUCAUGGAAACCCAUUGGGCAUGGAUUUACGUUACAUUUACUCCAAUUCUAAUUAUUAAAUUUUCUCAGUAAGCAUAUGUUUUGGGAAGUUCUGCAUUUCUUCCAAGUUGAAUGCCAUCCAUUUGAUUUGUAACUGGGGCUUCUUUUCCAAGGUGAAAUUGCUACAGCCUUUGGAGAUUUAUUAAGGAAGCUAUGGGCCCUAGAGCAACCCUUGUGGCACCAAGAACAUUUAAGUCAAAGCUUACUUGUUUUGCUCCUCAAUUUAGCGGUUUUAAUCAGCAUGAUUCUCAAGUUAGUGAAAGUUUUCCCGUUCUCAAAAUUGUUUUUGGACCUUUUUAUUUCUUCAGAUGGACUUCACAAGGAUCUCAAUCGUGUGAAAAGCAAACCCUACAUAGAAGUCUAGGAUGGAGAGGGUUGACCAGAUGACGAAGUAGCUGAUGAAUAUUGGCAAAAUCAUUUGGUUCACAAUGACUCUAUCAUUGUUGACGUGUGUCAAGGCCAAUUUAAAUCAACAUUAUUUUGCCCUGUGUGCAAAAACAUAUCUUUUACGUUUGAUCCUUUCAUCUACCUGUCACUACCUUUACCAUCAACAACAAUGAGGACAAUGACCCUAACAGUCAGCGGUACUGUCGGAACUGCUCAACCUAUUCCAUAGACCAUCACUGUUCCCAAGUCUGGAAAAUUUGAAGAUCUUAUCCGGGCUCUCAGUGUUGCAUGCUUUUUAGGGGUUGAUGAGACCCUUUUGGUGGCUGAGAAAUACAACAACCGACUUAUACAUUAUCUUGAAGAGCCUGCUGAUUCUUUAUCCUUAAUCAGAGCUGAUGGCCAACUGGUUGCAUAUCGAUUAAUUAAAGACAUUGAAAAUAUUCCUUUGGUUUUGUAUUUAUGCAUCAGCAAAUAGAAGAGUUCUGUCCAAGCUGCAAAAAGCAUUGUCAAGCCAUUAAAAAGUUAGAUCUCAGGAGACUACCAGAGAUUCUGGUUACCCAUUUAAAGAGACUCUCAUAUAGCCGGUUCCUGAAGAACAAGUUAGAAACAUACAUUGACUUCCCUGUUGAUAAUCUUGAUUUGUCAAGUUACAUUCCGCACAAGAACAGCCAGUUAUCAAACUGUUACAUGCUUUAUCCUGCUAGUAAUCACUAUGGAAGUAUGGGAGGUGGCCAUUAGACUGCAUUUGUUCAUGGGGAUGAUCAGUGGUACAACUUCAAUGACAGUCAUGUUUAUCCCAUCAACCAGGAGAAGAUAAAGACAUCAGCUGCUUAUCUUCUCUUCUACAGAAGAGUUGUAGAAUAAAAUAUGGAGGUUGUCAUUUAUUGACAACAAUCGGAAGCCAGGUAUAUUAGGUGAAUACAUCAACAUUUUUGCCAGCUUAAACAAUUCAAUCUCAAAGAGUAGCAUUCUUUAUUAUUGGGCAUUAUUUAGUCUGAGUUGAUAUAUAGUAUCAAGUACCAUGUAUUACAGUGGGAAGGAAAUUAUAACCUUAAUUAGGUUCAACAAUGACUGUAACGUAGUAUUAACAGGAGAGGAGGGAUUUGUCAUCUGCAAGACAUGCUGUUGAUUGACCAUCAGCCAAGGAAAACGUCUCACCAUUUUUAUACUGAGGGGAAAUUGAAUUUUGUAAGUUAACUGAAUUCAAAGGUGUAAUUUUAGUUUCUUGUACAACUGGUAAAAGCAGAUACUGAAUUAAAUUCAUGGCCAAUCCAUGAAUUGUCAAUUGCAACAUGACAUUAUCAAAUGUCUUUUAUUGAAUUAUUUCUUGUCUCUAUCACUCCUGGCAUUUCCCUUUCCAGCUUGUAGUAUUCUUCGACAGGAAAAUCGCGACAGUGGAAAGAGAUAAGUUUUACUCCCAUGCCUUAUGUUAUAAGUUACCAUAGCUGAUAUUUGAUUCAUGAAUAAAUGCAUCGCUUUCUCUGAGUGCAAUAGCCGAUGUAGAUGUUCUAAGCUGUGUAGCUUCAUGUGCUGGAAAGAUGCAUUAGUGCAUUACAUUAUGUCUCUGUUUUUUACUGUUAGAUCUCUGAUUGCAACUGGAUGAAGCUGUGUAGAAAUUGACAUAUGUAGUUUUGUUGUCCAUACGGAGGAUAAGAUAGAAGAAAUGUUAUGGCCUAUGGGUGGAUGGGACCACCUGUAUUUUCUCUUUCCCAUCUGUGCUAAGAUGUGACUUGACCCUGUUGAUAAUUGGAGUACCAUAGUACCGAGUCCCUCUUCCCUCGGUCAAGGGCGGUCAGGACCACCAUUUC